UUGUCCUCUUCUGGGGCACAGUGCCAUCUUCUUUUCUCAUCAUCAUUUAACCCUUCCUUCCUUCUUCCUUCAUCCCUCUCGCAAAACAAAACCCUCUUUCUCUCAUCACUUCCUCAUGCUUUUACUAACUACAACACAACUCUCACUUUGCUUCCACUUUUCUGGAUAACAUAUUUCUCAUUACCUCAUCCCACAUACUCAAUCAUUCACUUUUUGCUGCUUCCAUCAAAUUAAAUUCAAAUCUCCACACUCCCUCCCUCCUCUUCUCACAAUAUCAUACUACAACACAAAAAAAAUAACUAAAUUAUAGAACAUGCACCCUUUUACCUUCCAAAAGCCCUAGCCACUCCUCCAACUCCAAACAACAACUUAAUAACAAUCACUAUCAUCAAGAUCCAAAUCAUCAACCACCAGAUCUCGCCAAUGGAGACUGUGCCAACCUCAACAGCCACCAACACUCCGAGCAGGUACGAGAACCAAAAGCGCCGAGACUGGAACACCUUCUGCCAGUACCUCACCAACCACCGCCCGCCGCUCUCCGUGGCGGCCUGCAGCGGCGCGCACGUGCUGGAGUUUCUCCACUACCUCGACCAAUUCGGGAAGACGAAGGUGCACAGUCCCACGUGUCCCUUCUUCGGCCUCCCAAACCCUCCGGCGCCCUGCCCUUGCCCUCUCCGCCAGGCGUGGGGCAGCCUCGACGCCCUCAUCGGCCGCCUCCGCGCCGCCUUCGAAGAGAACGGCGGCAGGCCGGAGACCAACCCCUUCGGCGCUCGCGCCGUUAGGCUUUACUUGCAUGAUGUUCGUGAUUUUCAGGCCAAGGCCAGAGGAGUCAGCUACGAGAAGAAAAGAAAGAGGCCAAAGCAAAACAUCGCUGCUUCCCCCAAUGCCACUGCCACUGCCACUUAGAAACCAAACAAACCUAAACUCCAUUUUUUCAAUGGAAGGAAUAUAUAUAAUUAGUAUCAUCGAUCGCAUGCAUAUGCAUAUGAUAUGCUCUAUGUCUAUCUUUUAAUUGCCUAUUUAAUUUUAUCUUGUCAAAGUUGUGGCCUCUUUUAUAUGUGCUAUAUGUCUUUUGCAAAGAUAUCGGUCUUCUGAGUUCUUGAGACGGUUUUGAUGAUAUAUUUAGCUUUCCUGUGUUUGAGGAAUUAACUAGCUAGGAGAUAUAUAGUUAUAAUAUGCCAAAGGAUGAAAUUGAUACACAUUUCCGGCAUGUGCGUCAAUCUCUCCCUGCCAAACCCUUUGUGUUGAAAAAAGGAUGUUAGAGUUUACACAGGAUUUAUUAAUUGCUUUGCCUGAUUGUGAAUCAGUCGUGCCAUACAUACACACAUGUGUGUGUUUUCACUUUUCAGAGACACCUGAAAAAUAUUUCCAUGAUUGCACUGCACUUGUUGAAUGCUGAUGAGAUUUGUCCACCCUAAAAUGGAGCGGAUUGUGGUGGAAAAAGGAAAGUUAAAGAGUGGAAGUGAUAGUUUGAUGGAUGUGAUAUAAAUGAGAUUGAAGUGAAAGGAGGUGGAUGAUAAUAAUCUUCUUUGUUACUUACUGGAAAUUUUUUUUUCUAAUUGAUGUAUUACUGUCUAUUUCAGGUAACAGUUAAUUCCUUACAGCAAGGUUUUUAUUUUUUCAAUAACACAAUUAAUUAAUACUUUGCACU